AUGGGAUUUUUGCUUAGCUGCCUGGAGGGAAGUAUAGACCUAUUAAAACAUUACAAUCCUGAUAUAGUAAAUACAAUUCACGCUUUAAAAUCUUCGAUAGGCAAGGGACGUGGCGUUUCGGGAUUUGCCACUGCCAUUGAGAAGGUUAAGAGCGGGCUGCAGGGGUAUGAGAGUGGACUUAGUAAUAGAAGCCAGCAGGUUGUUGGGGAUCUAACGGCUAUAAAGCAUAACAUCGGUAAUUUAAAUAAACAAUUGAAAGAAAUGCAUGAUAGGAAAUUGUCUGGACAGUUAGCUGUCAUUUCGCAAAACGCAAAAUUUUUUGUGACCAUGGCAGAUAAGACGGAGACAGACGGUAAAGAGUUGGAUGAGGGUCUGAGAAAUAGAUUAGAGAAAAGUGUAAGUUUGGUAAAACAGGGCGCUGAUAACUUUAAAAAAAUAAACAAUAACAGCAAGCUUCAACAUCAAGCUGAAUUUGUAGACAAAGCUCUCACGACUCAACAAAGUGUUUUGCGAAGCGCCAUUGAAUAUGAGACAAAAUGUGUCCAGGAAACAUUACAUGAAAGUGUUGAACAGGUGCAGAGUGAGUUGGCAGCCAUUAGAACUGCGAAAUUGAAAACAGAGAUGAGGAAGCUCAGGUAA